AUGUCAGCGUCGGUAAUAUCCUCCUCGGCAUCGGAAGUCCUGUCAGUUGACACUGAUUCCGAGGCCUACGUAGACAUCUACAGCGAUCCUCGAUCCCAAUGGUUCCGGGAUCGUAUCCUGACCUUCAUAGGCAUGGAUGACGUUGAUCUCUUCUACAACAUGAUGGAAGAAGGAGACAACAAAUUAAGAUUCGCAAAGUUCAUCACGGUGCCACUGAAGCCCAACGAACUAUCGUUGCAUAAGAGAACGUUCUUCGUCACGAAAAUCAUCGUCGACAAGCUCAUACAUGAGGAUAAGGAGUUCACGGAGUGGAGAAUCAUACCCCCACCACCGCCUCCGCCACCACCCCCACCUAAAAAGAAAGGUAAAGGAAAGAAGGGGAAAGAAGCCGCAGAAGCUCCCCCGCCAGAUCCGAAAGAAAAAGGAAAGAAAGGAAAAAAGGGCAAAGCUGCCCUUGAACCUGUAGUAGAAGAAGUACCUCCAGAAGACAUAGAGACUGUAGCGGCGGCGGUGACGGACGUGGGUGACGAUGAAGGCAAGGAGAAGACAUCUAUUGACCUCCGUGGAAGCGACGAACAACCUCCCAUUGUGGAUGAAAUGUACUCCUUUCCACCACCGCCAGAGGAUCUUGAUCCGGAAGUAGAUGGGACUAUUGAAUACUACACUGUUAUUAGAUCAAUCCCUCGCAUAAUUCAGUACCCGAAGUUGGUGCCAAUAUUUGGGGCGUGCACUCCUGAAAUGAUAAAGCGGGAUCGUCGGUACCUGUACUUCGUGAGGCAGACGCAAGAGGAGAUCCCGUUGUUCCCGCGGGAGGAGAUGAAGGCUAGGAUGGCAGAGUUUGUUCUCACUGGGUCGCUCACUGGCAAGCUGCUGAUGUCACUGGGGAUCCAGCUGAAGGAGGCGUACAUUCCACUGUUCAAAAGGCAGUUCCGCGAAAUAGCAGCGAUGUGCAGCGACGAGCCGCGGUACACAUCCACGUCGAUGAUAGCCAGACAGAUGUCCUACUCCGGCGGAGACCAGCAGCAUCAUUCCAUGGACGAGACUGCCUCCCAGGCAAGUUCAUUCAUCGAGGAUGCUCUAGAAGAUGCUCCGCUAGCCAACGACCAGCAGAAGUCGACGGCGGAUGAAGUCACCAACGACAUCAGAAGCCUCGUAGGAAUGGUUGAUUGGACUAUUGAACAUAUCGAAGGUGACCUCCAGCUGCCGAUGCCAGACAUACCCUGGUUGGCGGAGCUCGGAGACAACGAGCCUGAGAAUAUGCCUCCGGAGAUCAUGCCGCAGCUGGAAGAGACUGUCAUGAUGUGGCAGGCGCACAUUGAUGGCACCAUCACGGCUUGCUUGGGGAAGACCCGUGAAGGCAAAGGUCCGUUGGCUGAGUACAAGUACUGGCGCGAGAGAGAUGCGGAGCUAUCUUUGUUGGUGGAGCAGCUAAAACAGCCGAGUGUGGUGCAGAUCCUUAACUUACUGGCGAAUGCUGAGUCCACUUAUUUUGAGGGAUUCCAACACUACAAAGAGAUAUUGAUAGAGCAAUAUAACUUGGCUGGCGAUAAUUUGAAGUUCCUCUCAACUUUGACUCGUUUCUUUGUGGUGAUAGAAGACGACUCACCUCUUCAGCAAGUAAUAGAAGUGCUCCCAGAAUUAGUGGAGAGCAUCUACAUGGUAUGGGUGUUGUCUAAGGGCUACCGCACGGAUGAAACCAUGGUGCCUUUACUGUCCCGGAUAUCAUGGGCACUUUGCGAUAAGCUUGAGAAGGUUCUCAAUGUGCACAAGCUGUUUGAUAAACCAAACGAAGAAGUCUUGUCCCUUGCUCGUGCUGGUCAAAAGAUCAUGGAAAUGUGGCACUCGCUGUAUCGGCAGACGAGGAGACAGAUAGAGAUCAGCGGCAAGGGAGCCCGCUGGGAGUUCGACCAGCCCCUGCUCUUCACGCGGACUGAUUAUAUCGGCAACGUUGCUAAGGACUUGGGAAAUGUCGUCUGGGUGAUGAUAGACUUCGAACGCAUAUUUGGCAUGGAACUCAAGUCCAUUAUAAGUGACCCGACACAAAUUGACGAUGUUCGCAAACGGGUCACCAAUCUCGUCUAUCCGAUCCGAACUGUGGACUUCAGUGUCUUUGUUUACGGCAAUAAGGAAAAUUGGGACGUGCUUAUGAAUGAUUUCUGGAACGAAGUACGCUAUCUCGAAGAGGAAGCUAAGAAUUAUAUUAAUAAUAGCUUUGGAAAUUUGAGGUCUUCAGAGGAAGCUUUACUAGUGCUGCUCAAGUUUCUGGAGUUCGACUCUCGUCCAGCCAUCCGCAAGGAGCUCUCAACCAAGUUCGACUUAAUCAUGAGGCAGUUCAUCAAGGAGAUCACUGCUAUCGAAGACAAGUUUACUCGAUUCCGCAAAAACCCUCCUUUGCUACGGAACCACCCGCCGGUAGCUGGCGCCAUCUACUGGACGAGGAUGCUCUUCAACAAAAUGAAGCAACCCAUCAUGAGGUUCCAGAAGGUACCAGAAUUGAACAACUGCGAACAGAAGAAAGAAGCGUUUCUACAGUACAAGGCGUUUUCUAAAACGAUCAAAGAAUAUGAAGAACAAAAGUAUUCGGAGUGGUUGGCUCAUGCAUCCAAAUUCGUGGAUAACAUGAUGAAGAAGAAUAUUCUUCACGUUGUAUUCAUGAAAGGACAUGAGCCCCCGCCUGCGGCUCGUGGUGGCGGCAUGCAGCUGACUGCUGCAGGGAAAGCUCAUGUGGCCAAGAAGAAAGCUGCUUCUACGACGUCAUUGCGACCAGCUGACAUUGUCAACCGCGAGAUCGCUGAGAAACGGAAGCGGGAUAAAGCUCUAAUGCUGAUGAGAAUACCUGGACAGCACUACGAAAAUGUGAGGUCUCCGAGCUCCGUGUCCUUACUCGCUAAAGAGGGACUGACUGAUGUCACCUGGCGAGACCUGACUGUGCACAAACUGAUACAAGAGUAUGAAAUAAUGUUCCAGACCAACUUCGACAAGGAAAUAUUUCAGGUCAUGAUGGAGGCUGAAGUAUUGGAACAACUAGGUUUUGACAUACCAGCAAAUAUUCGCGAUGUUGCUAUGCAAAAGGAUCGGUUAUACUACGAACUGGAAGCGCUAGAGGUGGUUAUUGGCAAGUACAAUGACAGUGCGUCGUCUCUAAGUCCGUCGGAGACGCAUCUCAUGAAGAAACAUCUUUUGGAUAUGGAGAAACACAUACUUCCUGGCCUAACACGUAUCACCUGGACUGCACUUGGUAUUCGAGAUUAUAUCACUGACAUUACUAAAUGCCACAAUUCCCUCAACUCAGUCUACCAGCAGUUGAAGAUGGUGGAACGGGAGAUAAGUUUUAUGGUCGACCAAAUCGAGAUCUUCGAUCUGUUUCCCGUCAUGAAACCUACGGACUACGAAGACCCUGAUACUGGAUUACCUGAUGACACAUGGCUGCAUCCUUGCAAGACGUACUUCGUAGAGUUGGAGUAUGAGCGACUACAGCGAGUAGCGAUGCUGUCUCGUCUGUAUGACCGCAUCGGACCCAUCCUCAUGAAGCUGGAGUAUUUGAUUCUUGGAGUGAGCACCGGCCAUUCGCCGGUCAUGACAGCCUACUACACAUUUUGGGAGAAGAAGAUAUUCAAAUCGCUUAUCAUAUUCACUUACGAAAACCUAGAAGAGUUCCAAGAGAUGUUAUCAGGGAAGAACCCCAUAUUUCAAGUAGAUGCCGUUCUUGUUCCACCAGACAUCACCAUGCGUCCAACUGCCAAUGAAGUUUGUAACAUAGUCGGAUACAACAUCAAGCAUUUUUUGAACAGGUUGUCAGCCUUCCCCCGCUGGAUGAAGGACACCUGUCUCUCGUGUCCACCACAGCGUAUCGCUGAAGCGACCGGCAACGAGUUUUACGUGUUUUCCUUCUUCGAGGAUAUUCUGCGCGUUAUUUCUAUCAACGAUAUCACUAUCCUCAUUCAGGACACUAUCUAUCGCCUCACGCAAGACAUACAUACUUAUGUGCAGAAAUGGCACAAAUACCAGCACAUGUGGGCGUUCGACAAGCAUUUAUCCUGCGAGAAAUACAUACAGAAGAACGACCAGAUCCACAAAUACGAUGAAAAGUUGUUCUUUUUUGAAGACAUCAUUGCUGAUUUGGAGGAACACUACAAGUUCGUUGACCUCGGCGCCAUUCGUGUCAACCUGCGGCAUAUCAUCAAGCAAAUACAGGAACAUGCGUUGGAAUGGAAAAUGACACUUGGAAGGUGCAUAUGUACAAAAACAAGAAUGAGUAUGUACGACUUGAAGAACCAAAUUGAGGUAAGGUUGGAAGACUUCAAGUUGGUGAUGGCAACGAUAGCGCAGGUGCAGUCGAUGACUAUUACCGCGGAAGUCAAGUAUCGCGGCAUGCUGGAGAUCUUUCUGAUGUUAAGGCAGCAUGGCAUUGAGGUGUCUGAUGAAGAUAUGGAGUUCGCCAAAAGCCUAGAAGCAUCGUGGUCGGGACUGUUCCAAACUUGCAUGUUCCGAGCAAAGACCCUGGAGGCGACCAAGGAUAAGUUCUCAAAAUUAAACGUAAUAGAAAUAUCCAACUUCCUAAGAGAACUGGACGAGUUUAUUGAAAAGUUCGACCUCGAAGGUCCUGCGACUGUCGGCGAUGAUAUGGACAGAGGACUGCUGCUUAUGGAGGAAUAUACUAAAUACUUUGACGAGCUUGAAGCCAGGAAGAAGAUGCUCCAAGCUGCCGAACAGCUAUUUGACAAUCCACUAGCUGACUUCUCAAAUUUCAACCGUGCAAAGAGUGACUUCCAAGCAAUGGAACAGAUUUACAAGAUAUAUAAAGCACAGAAAUAUGCCCGGGAGAUAUGGGCGCGGACGCUUUGGGUUAAUCUAAACCCACAAGCGCUGGUCGAUGGCAUCGAAACGUUCUUUAAGGAGUACAGGAAGCUUCCAAAGGCCAUCCGCACAACGCCGACUGGAUUGAUGCUGGACUUGAAGUUAAAGCAGUUCAAGAAUGUGGUGCCGCUCAUGGUGUCGCUCAAGAACGAGGCGAUGCGCGAGCGUCACUGGAAGGAACUCAUGAAAAAAACCGGUCAAACGUUCGACAUGUCUCCUGAUCGCUUCACGUUGGAUAACAUGUUUUCAAUGGAGUUGCACAAAUAUCAAGAAGUUGCUGAACAAAUAGUGAACCAUGCUAUCAAAGAAUUGGCAAUAGAGCGCGGAGUGAAGGAAGUCCAGGAGUCAUGGGCGGCGAUUCAGUUCACGGUGGCACGACACUUCAACCGCGGAGAAGACCGAGGGUACACCCUCAAUCCUUGCGACGAGAUAUCGGUCAAACUGGACGACGACGCCAUGUCGCUUCAGAGCAUGGCCGCUUCGCAAUUCAUCGGACCCUUCCUCUCCGUUGUGCACACUUGGGAGAGACGGUUGUCGCUGAUAUCAGAGGUCAUCGACGAAUGGUUCGCAACUCAACGCAAGUGGCUCUACCUGGAGGGUAUCUUUGUAGGCGGCGAUAUUCGAACCCAAUUGCCCGAAGAAGCUCAGAAGUUCGAUGACAUUGACAGGUCUUUUAGAAAGAUCAUGCUGGACACCGCUAAACGUCUCAACGUGGUCGACUGUUGUACAAUGCCAGGCAGGUUGGAAGAGUUCAUCAAUUUAGGAUUGGGCUUACAAAAGUGUCAAAAGUCGUUGAACGAUUACUUAGACUCGAAGAGGCGUAUCUUCCCACGGUUCUUUUUCAUUUCCACCGAUGAAUUGCUGUCCAUACUCGGCAGCAGUGAAUGUAGCUGCGUGCAGGAGCAUAUGAUCAAGAUGUUCGACAAUAUCAGAGCCUUGGAACUGUACGUAGACCACACCAACCGCCCAGUCGCCUCCAAAAUGAUCUCCGCUGAAGGCGAGAUUAUGGAGUUCCGUUACGUAGUGUACACGGAAGGACGGGUGGAAGAUUGGAUGAACUUGGUACUUAACGAAAUGCGAUCGACUAAUAAAUUCAUCACUAAAAAGGCAAUAUUUUACUAUGGGAAGAACUGGAAAGUUCCAAGAACGGAUUGGAUAAUGGAGUAUCAAGGCAUGAUAUGCCUAGCAGCGAAUGGUGUGUGGUGGACGGCUGAAACCGAGGAGACCUUCCGACGCAUUAAGUUUGGGAACAAGCGAGCAAUGAAGGAGCAUCUGAUGCAGCAGAACGAACAGCUCGACGGACUUGUCGUCAAAGUGCGGCUGGAUCUAAGUUCCAACGACCGCCUUAAGUUCCGCACGAUCACGACUAUCGAUGUACACGCGCGUGAUAUAAUAGAAGGGUUCGUGAGGGACAACGUAACUGAUGCGCAGGAGUUCGAAUGGGAGAGCCAAUUAAGGAUGUACUGGCUGAAGCAGUAUGAUGGGCUGUGGGUCAAGCAGUGUACUGGUAUGUUCGAAUACGGUUACGAGUACAUGGGUUUGAAUGGUCGGCUGGUGAUCACUCCGCUGACUGAUCGCAUUUAUCUGACCAUAACACAAGCAUUGACCAUGCAACUGGGAGGUGCGCCGGCGGGCCCUGCAGGCACCGGUAAGACCGAAACUACCAAAGAUCUAGCCAAAGCUUUGGGUCUACUGUGUGUGGUGACCAACUGCGGCGAAGGUAUGGACUUCCGAGCAGUGGGUCAGAUACUUGCUGGUCUGUGUCAAUGCGGUGCUUGGGGGUGUUUCGACGAGUUCAACCGCAUCGAUAUUUCAGUGCUCUCUGUCAUAUCUUCGCAAUUGCAGUGUAUUAGAAGCGCUUUGCUGAUGAAGCUCAAGCGGUUUACGUUUGAGGGUCAAGAAAUAGCUAUGGACAGUAAAGUGGGUAUCUUCAUCACGAUGAACCCUGGGUACGCUGGGCGUACGGAGUUACCCGAAUCUGUGAAGGCACUGUUUCGACCUGUCGUUUGCAUUCUGCCAGAUCUUGAGAUGAUCUGUCAGAUCUCACUCUUCUCUGAUGGUUUCCUUACAGCCAAGGUUCUCGCAAAGAAGAUGACUGUGUUAUACAAAGUAGCUCGUGAGCAGCUGUCGAAACAGUCUCAUUAUGACUGGGGGUUACGUGCCCUCACUGCAGUACUGCGUAUGGCAGGGAAACUGCGCCGGGAUUCUCCGGAGCUAAGCGAAAUCAUGGUGUUAAUGAGGGCCUUGAGAGAUAUGAACCAUCCAAAAUUCGUGUUUGAGGAUGAACCACUAUUCUUAGGGCAGAUCAAGGAUCUGUUCCCGGGGUUGCAGUGUCCACGCGUGGGCUACCCGGACUUCAAUGCAGCAGUUAUCGAUGUGCUGACGAAGGGCGGCUUUAUUGUGCUUGAGAACCAGGUGGACAAAGUAGUUCAGCUGUACGAGACGAUGAUGACGCGGCAUUGUUCGAUGUUGGUGGGCCCGACUGGUGGGGGGAAGACUGUCAUCUUGCAGACCAUCGUUAAGGCGCAGACCAACCUCGGUCUGCCAACCAAGCUCACUAUCCUCAAUCCAAAGGCUUGUUCUGUGAUAGAGCUGUACGGAAUAUUAGAUCCCGUAACGCGAGAUUGGACUGAUGGCUUGUACUCCAAGAUCUUUCGUGAGAUGAACAGGCCGGCAGAACGCGACGAGCGACGCUACUCCCUCUUCGAUGGUGACGUCGACGCCCUUUGGAUUGAGAACAUGAACUCUGUUAUGGACGACAACAAACUCCUGACUCUUGCGAACGGCGAGAGGAUCCGCCUGGCGCCCUACUGCGCACUGCUCUUCGAAGUUGGAGACCUGAACUAUGCGUCGCCGGCUACUGUCUCCCGAGCUGGCAUGGUCUACGUCGAUCCCAAGAACUUAGGAUAUGAGCCGUAUUGGAAAAAAUGGCUAAAUGCUCGUAAUCACCCAGAGGAACGCGAACAGCUGGGCGAGUUGUUCGACCAUUAUGUGGCCGGUGCCAUCAACUACAUCGUAUACGGCAUGUUUGGACUGCAGCAGCAGACGCCGCUUAGGACCAUCGUGCCGCAGUCGCCGCUCAACUUGGUGGUGCAACUGUGUUACAUGAUCAGUGGGUUGAUGCCCAACAGGGAAGAUACCAACGAAGAGAUAGACAAAACCGUGGUGGAGUGUGUCUUUAUGGUGUCGAUGUACAACAGCCUGGGGGCGACGAUUGUGGACAGUGGGCGGUUCGAUUUCGACGUGUACAUCAAGAAAGCCUGCCCAAUGAUGCUGGUUGAGGAUGUGCCGGAGAAGAAGGCUACCACUAAACAUUUCCCGAUGGGUUUCCCGACCUUAUACGACUACUGCCUGGAAUUGGAGACGAAGACCUGGGAGGCGUGGGACUGGCUGGUGCCCGAGUACAUCCACGACCGAGACAUGAAGUUCUCACAGAUAUUGGUGCCCACGGUCGACACGCUGCGCAUGACCUGGCUGAUCAUGAUUAUGGAGAGUGUGGAAAGGCCAGUGUUGCUUGUCGGAGACACGGGCACGUCCAAAACUGCCAUCAUCACCAACUAUCUGCAUGGACUUCCUACCGAGAGAUAUUUGGUCCAACAAAUGAAUUUCUCGUCGCGAACCUCGUCAAUGGACGUGCAGAGAAACAUGGAGUCUGUUGUGGAGAAGAGAACUAAGGACACCUUCGGCCCACCAGUGGGCAAGAGAAUGCUGGUCUUCAUUGACGAUAUGAACAUGCCUAUCGUGGACACAUACGGCACGCAACAGCCUAUCGCCCUUCUCAAACUUCUAUUUGAAAGGAAGGGCUUCUAUGACAGAGGCAAGGACUUAAACUGGAAGAAUAUUAAGGAUGUUGGGUUCCUGGCAGCCAUGGGCAAGGCUGGCGGUGGAAGAAACGAUGUGGAUCCUCGGUUCAUAUCAAUGUUCUCAGUGUACAACCUGCAGUUUCCACCGGAGUCGACACUGCGUCACAUAUACCUGUCCAUCCUGGCCGGACAUUUUAGCACGUUCCCCGAGGAGAUCCAGGAGAUAGUAGAAAAGCUGGUCCAGAUGACUUUGGACUUGUAUAAGAUAAUAGUGGUGGAGUUGCCGCCUACUCCAGCCAAGUUCCACUACAUUUUUAACCUGCGCGACCUGUCCCGCAUCGCGGCCGGCCUCUGUAUGACGCACCCUAACUUCUUCAGCGACAAACGAGCAGUCGUCAGGUGCUGGCGUAACGAGUUCGUCAGAGUCAUCUGUGAUAGGCUCAUCAGUACCACGGACAACGACCUGAUGCGCGAACACAUCCACACACACAUCGUGAAGUACUUCCCCGAGGCAGAGCCGGUGGUUCUCGAGGAGAUUGUUAUCCCUGAGGAGGAAGAAGUCGUUGAAGAGGAGGAGGUGGCGGCUGCUGAAGGAGAGGAAGAGCCAGGAGAAAAGAAAAAAAAGAAGAAGAAAAAGAAAGGCGAUGCUGCCGAGGAGCAGGUUGAAGAGGAAGAGGAGAUCGAAGAGGAAGAAGUUGAAAAGGAACUCACACUUGAAGAAUACGUGUUACGGGACCCAAUUCUCUUUGGAGACUACCGCAAUGCUCUCGACGAGGAGGAAAUUCGUUACUACGAAGAUCUUCUUGAUUACGAAGCUGUAUAUUUCCUGUUCCAAGAGAUACUCGACGAGUUCAACGAACGUGUGGGCAAGAUGUCGGUUGUGCUGUUCGAAGACUGCCUCGAGCAUUUGACUCGCACGCAUCGAAUCCUGCGCAUGGAUCGCAGUCACGCCAUGAUCAUCGGCGUCGGUGGCUCCGGCAAGAAAUCUAUCUGUCGUCUCGCUGCGUUUGCUGCAGGAUGCGAAGUUUUCGAGAUUGUUAUAACGCGAAAUUACAACGAGAACACGUUCAAGGACGACAUGAAACGUAUGUACAAUCAGCUGGGCGUCGACGGGAAGCCUACCGUUUUCCUGUUCACAGCAUCACAGAUCCUCGAGGAAGGUUUUCUGGAGUUCAUCAACAACAUCCUGAUGAUUGGUAUGAUUCCGGCGCUGUUUGGUGAUGAUGAUAAGGAUGCUAUCAUCAACUCAGUGCGCAAUGAGUCCAAUGAAGCUGGCUUCGGCGUCGCCAAGGACGCUGUGUGGAAUUAUUUCUGCAGUAAGUGUGGCAAUAACCUUCACGUUGUGCUGUCGAUGUCGCCCAGUGGGGAUAUUUUAAGGAACAGAUGCCGAAGUUUCCCGGGCCUUGUGAACAACACGACCAUCGACUGGCAGUUCCCGUGGCCGAAGCAGGCCCUGCUUGCCGUCGCCAACGUGUUUCUCGCUGACGUGGAUAAAAUCCCUGAUGAGUUCCGGCCAAUCAUAGUGGAGCAUGUGGUCCACGUGCACAUGUCAGUCGCGCGGUACUCGCACGAGUUCCUGUUGCGCUUGCGCAGAAACAACUACGUGACGCCCAAGCACUACAUGGACUUCCUCACCAACUACAUCUCUCUUCUAAACGAGAAGGAUGCUUUUAUUGUUGCCCAGUGUGAGCGUUUGAAAGGCGGCUUGGCGAAGAUCGAGGAAGCCAACGUGCAAUUGGAAGAGUUGAAUGAGAAGCUGGCUAUACAGAAGGUGAUCGUUGCUGAGCAAACCAAAGAGUGCGAGCAGUUACUCAAAGAGAUCUCUAAAGCCACCGACACGGCCACUAAGAAGCAAGAAGUGGCAGAAGUAAAGCAGGUGGAGAUUACGGAGAAGAAGGCAGUCAUUGAAGUAGAGAAGGCAGAAGCUGAAGAGGUGCUGCAAGCGGCGAUGCCCGCGCUCGAGGCUGCGAGACUCGCCCUCGCCGACUUGGAGAAGAACGACAUCACUGAGAUCCGGUCUUUUGCCACGCCUCCAGAAGCCGUACAGGUGGUAUGUGAAUGUGUGGUGAUCAUCCGUGGUAUCAAGGAUGUCAGCUGGAAAGGUGCCAAAGGCAUGAUGGCAGAUCCAAAUUUCCUGAAAAACUUGCAGGAAAUGAACUGCGAUCUUAUUACCUGGACACAAGUCAAAGCUGUCAAGGCACACAUGAAGAAAAGCAAGAAACUUGAGGCUAUGCAGACUAUCAGUAAAGCUGGAUACGGUUUACUGAAAUUUGUUCAAGCCGUGCUGGCGUACUGCGCCGUGUAUAGGGAAGUGAAGCCUAAAAAGGAAAAGGUGGAGGCACUUGAGAAAGAGUUUACAGAGGCAAUCAACUACUUGGAGUCUCUGAAUCGUGAGCUCGCUCGCAUACAAAAAACUUUGGAAAAGCUCAAUGCGAAGUAUGAUACAGCCAUGUUGAGAAGGCAGGAGUUGCAGGAAGAAACGGACUUGAUGAUGCGACGUUUGAUUGCUGCUGACAAGCUCAUGUCCGGGUUAGCGAGUGAGCAGAUGCGAUGGACCAAUGAUCUUGCAGCGUUGUAUGCUGAGCAAUCACGAUUGAUCGGCAACUGUCUUCUGUCAGGGUCAUUCCUCAGUUACUCCGGCCCAUUCUCAUUUUCCUUCCGGCAGACUAUGAUUUACGAAGAUUGGAUGGGUGAUAUAUUGGAAAGAGGGAUUCCGUUGACGACGCCGUUUACUAUUGAAAAGAAUUUGACCAAUGAGGUUGAAGUCAGCGGGUGGAAUUCUCAAGGGUUGCCACCAGAUGAAUUGUCGGUACAAAACGGUAUCCUCACUAUCCGCGCUUCUCGAUUCCCUCUGUGUAUCGACCCUCAGACGCAAGCUCUCAACUGGAUCAAGAAGAAAGAAGCUAAGAAUAACCUCAAGGUGUUAUCAUUCAACGACGCACAAUUCCUGCGACAGUUGGAGAUGGCCAUCAAGUAUGGGAUGCCCGUGCUUUUCCAAGACGUCAACGAAUACAUCGAUCCUGUAGUCGAUAACGUGCUCGAGAAGAACAUCAAAACUGAAAGCGGGCGUUCGUUUGUGAUGCUAGGCAGUUCUGAAGUGGAUUACGAUCCCAAUUUCCGCAUGUAUCUUACCACCAAGCUUGCUAACCCGCAGUUCAACCCUGCGGCUUAUGCUAAGGCAGUCGUUAUCAACUAUACUGUUACCGUGCAGGGUUUAGAAGAUCAGCUGCUCAGCGUAGUGGUCCGUGCAGAGCGCGCGGACUUGGAAGAACAACGAGAGUUCCUUAUUAUGGAGACCAGUGCCAACAAGAGUCUGCUGCAAGGACUUGAGGACUCAUUGCUCCGAGAGUUGGCCACGUCUACUGGAAACAUGUUGGACAAUGUGGAGCUCGUUAACACGCUUGAGAAUACCAAGUCUAAAGCUGCUGAGGUUAUGGAGAAACUGGAACUAGCAGAGCGGACGACUGCAGACAUAGAGAAGCUUCGCGAUGGAUACCGACCUGUGGCCAAGCGUGGGUCCAUCCUCUUCUUCGUGCUGUCGGACAUGGCCGGAGUCAAUUCCAUGUAUCAGUACUCUUUGUCUUCUUACCUUGACGUAUUCUCAUUCUCACUACGCAAAGCAAUGCCGAAUGUGAUUCUGGCGAAGCGUCUGCGCAACAUCAUUGACAUGCUCACUAAAAAUGUCUAUGAUUAUGGAUGCACAGGUAUAUUCGAGCGUCACAAGCUGCUGUUCUCAUUCCAAAUGGACAUCAAGUUGGAGCAGAGUGAGGACAAUGUGUCGCAGGCGCAAUUGGACUUCUUCAUCAAGGGUAACGUCGCUCUCGAAAAGGUGGCCCGAGCCAAUCCCGUCUCUUGGUUACCUGCGCAGGGUUGGCAAGAUAUAAUAAAGCUGAGCAUCGACUUUCCGGAUCCGUUCAUCGCACUGCCUGACCACAUCGCCAGAAACGGUGACAACUGGCAGAUCUGGUUCGACAGCGAUACUCCUGAGGCGAGCGAUAUCCCUGAUGGGUACCGCGACAAUAUGAAGCCCUUCGAGUUGCUGAUGUUGAUACGCUGCUUCCGCGUGGACCGUAUUUACCGCGCUCUCACCGACUACAUCACUGUUACCAUGGGCGAGGAGUAUAUUACGCCGCCGGUCAUUAGUCUUGAUAUGAUAUUCGAGCAAACGACUCCGUUCACUCCGGUGGUGUUCAUCUUGAGUCCGGGUUCGGAUCCCACAGCUGAUCUGAUGAAGUUGGCAGAUCGCUGCGGCUUCGGCGGCGGCAAGUUUAAGUACCUGUCGCUUGGACAAGGGCAGGAAAAGGCUGCCUUGACACUCCUGGAAGGCGCGAUAUCGCACGGGCAGUGGUUGAUCCUGCAGAACUGCCACCUGUUGGUUUCAUUCCUGCGCGAGCUAGAGAAGCAGCUGGAGAUGAUGACCAAACCCAACCCCGAGUACCGGCUGUGGCUCACCACCGAUCCCACGCCCACCUUCCCUAUUGGUAUCCUACAACGUUCGCUGAAAGUGGUAACAGAGCCUCCAAACGGUCUGAAGUUGAACCUGCGCAAUACAUACUUCAAGAUGCGGCCGCACGCCCUGGAGGAGUGUAUCCAUCCCUCGUUCCGCAAGCUGGUCUACGUGCUUGCAUUCUUCCAUGCUGUUGUUCAGGAGAGGAGAAAGUAUGACAAAAUUGGGUGGAAUAUAUCAUACGACUUCAGUGAGUCAGACUUCACUGUAUGCAUGCAAAUCUUGAACACGUACCUGGACCGCUGUUUGAUUGCUAAGGGCCCUGUGCCUUGGGCCACACUGAAAUAUCUCUUCGGAGAGGUGAUGUACGGUGGCCGCGUGAUCGAUGACUACGACCGCCGAGUGGUCAACACCUACAUGGAGGAGUAUUUGGGAGAGUUCCUCUUCGACAAGUUCCAGCCGUUCCACUUCUACAAAGACGCCAUCUUUGAUUACGUCAUCCCACCUGAUGGCGAGCGGGAAGAGUACAUUGAAUACAUCGACACGCUGCCUCUAGUGAACACGCCAGAAGUGUUCGGACUCCAUCCAAACGCUGAGAUUGGUUACUUCAGUCAAGCCGUCAGGUCCAUAUGGGGACACCUCAUCGAACUACAGCCGCAAACUAGCGAGGCGGCGGGAGGCAUGUCUCGCGAUGACUUCGUGGACAACGUGGCGACAGACGUGCUGGACAAGCUGCCGGCCGAGUUCGAGAUCUGGCGCGUGCGCAAGGCCAACGAGAUGAACAUCACGCCAUCACUCGUUGUACUGCUGCAGGAGCUGGAGAGGUUCAACAAGCUAAUAAAGAGGAUGCGGCAGACCCUCACGCUGCUCCGCAAGGCGUUGGCUGGGGAAGUAGGCAUGGACGCGGUGCUGGACAACGUUUCGUACUGCCUGUUCAAUGGACAGAUCCCGGCCACGUGGCGCGGGCUGGCCCCGGCCACGUGCAAGGGGCUCGGGGGGUGGAUGGACCACUUCCUUGGACGGGCCAAGCAGUACAUUGACUGGACGAAUGAAGAGCCAGUAGUGAUCUGGCUGUCAGGACUCCACAUACCCGAGUCGUACCUCAUCGCACACAUCCAGAUGGCCUGCCGCCUCUACACCUGGCCCCUGGACAGGUCCACGCAGUUUACCAAGGUCACACACUAUGUCCAUGUCGACGAGAUUGAAGAACGACCUACAGUUGGAUGUUACGUCCGAGGACUAUACUUGGAAGGCGCGCGAUGGGACAUUGACGACGGGUGCUUGAGAAGAUCUCAUCCCAAAGUCCUCGUCACAGAACUGCCCAUUAUGUACAUCAUCCCUAUCGAGUUCCACAAGCUCAAACUUCAGAAUACGCUGCCUACCCCCGUGUAUACUACUUCGCAGCGCCGCAACGCCAUGGGUGUUGGGCUGGUCUUCCAGUCCAACUUGUUCACGACAGAACACAGCAGCCACUGGGUACUACAAGGAGUCUGUCUCAUUAUGAACACUGACUGAGCUACCCUAACAUUGCAUAGGUGAUGAUUCUGCGAACUAAUCUUUUAAUCUUUCGAACGCCGGAACGCGGAUCUCGACCAGACACAAUGUAAAAUCUAUUGUGUCUGGUAUCUCGGCAUAUGAGAGGUUAAUUUACUUUGACCGUUUUGAAACUAGUGCGGUCCCUUACUUGCAAUAAGUGCAAGAAAGAGAUAGCGCUAGGUUUGGAACUGGCAAACUAAAAAUGGCGCUGUCCUUUACUUAUAAUACGUAAAAGAAAGAGAUAGCGCUAGGUUUGGAACUGGCAAACUAAAAAUGGCGCUGUCCUUUACUUACAAUAAGUGCAAGAAAGAGAUAGCGAUAGUUUUGGAACUGGCAAACUAAAAAUAGCGCUGUCCCUUACAAUACUUGCAAGAAAGAGAUAGCGCUAGUUAUGGAACUAAUAAACUUAGUUUGUAUCUGCCAGAAUCGGCACUAUCUACUUAUUAUUUAUUCUGUGGCACUAUUAACACUCAUAUAGAGAGAAUAAGAAUCUUUUGGGACCUGGCCAUAAUCGGAACUCACGCCGUAUCCUAUGAACAUGUUGGCAUCGGCAGUUGUUGUAAAUGGAGAUGCAGCACACCUCCGUCAAUGUCAAUCCGCUUGCCAAAAAUCCUUGUCGGCCUAUAGACCUGAAGCCGUAAAUCUACUUGAACGAUAGAUAUCCAUUUUUGAAUUGUUACAUAACCCUUUCACAACUCCCUUAUCUGUUAUUUGCAAAGAUAAUACUUAUUGUUAGCUUUGGCUAUUUUGACCACAAUUUUUAUAGGCAUUUGGAAGUGUUAAAACUUGAU